AAUGUUUUUAAUAGUGUACAUAGUCUUUGACUAUCUUCUAUCUCUUUGGUGAAUGGUUGUGUGCAUUUCGGGUUGUCAGUAAAUAAUAUGACGUGCAAGCGGAGGAACAGUGGUCGCUCGAAGCACGGCCGCGGUCAUGUCAACCCGGUCAGGUGCACCAACUGCGCACGCUGCGUGCCUAAGGACAAGGCCAUCAAGAAGUUUGUGAUUCGCAACAUCGUGGAGGCCGCAGCCGUGCGGGACAUCACGGAAGCCAGCGUCUACGUCUCGUUCCAGCUGCCCAAGCUGUAUGCCAAGCUCCACUACUGUGUUUCGUGCGCAAUCCAUUCCAAGGUUGUGCGUAACCGAUCCAAGGCUGAUCGUCGCAUCAGGACUCCGCCCGCGAGGAAUUUCCCACGUGACAUGAUGCGGCAAGGUGGUCAGCCCAUAAGGAAGUAAACUCCUUAUCCAUUGAUACGUGGAUGUUAAAAGUUGUCAUGUUUUAUUAUUGGCAAUAAAAUAUCAUUUAAAUCGCC